GAACUAACCCUUUAAUGUUUUAGACCACCAAUGUCAAGCUCCCAACCCUGCAGAGUUUAGUUCCUUGAAAACUAAUGCAGGUGUUGGUAAGCGAUAGAGCAGGUAUGAACUAAACUCUGCAUGACUGUGAUCCUCCACAAGCUGAAUUUGACCACCAUUUUGAACUUUAAUGGCUAUUUAUGGCAUAACUAUAUGUUAACUCGUAUUUUAAUGUCUUUUUUCAUCCUAGACAUGAUGGGGCUGAAAGAGGAAAGAGUAGAACUGAAUGACAUGCAAGAUAAAAAUCAGCAUAAGAAACAUGAUUUUGUAACUGGACAAAAAUCAUUCAGUUGGUCAACCACUGAAAAGAAUUCAUCUCAAAACACUGGAUCUAGAGGUCAUUUCACCUGCCAAGAUUGUGGACAGAGUUUCGAUCAACAAGGAAAUCUUAAAAUCCACUUGAGGAUUCACACUGGAGGGAGGCCUUACACCUGCCCUCAGUGUGGAAAGGGUUUUACACACAGACAAACUCUUAGAACCCACAUAAGAAUACACACUGGAGAGAAGCCUUAUACCUGCCAACAGUGUGGAAAGGGUUUCACUGAAUAUGGAAACCUUAAAGUCCACAAGAGGAUUCACGAUGGAGUGAAGCCCUUCACCUGCCAACAGUGUGGAAAGGGUUUCACUGUAUAUGGAAACCUUAAAGUCCACAUGAGGAUUCACACUGGAGAGAAGCCUUUCACUUGUCAACAUUGUGGAAAAUGUUUCUCAAUAAACGGAAGCCUAAAAAGGCACAUGAGAAUUCACACUGGAGAGAAGCCUUUCACUUGUAAACUGUGUGGAAAAUGUUUCAUCGAACAUGGACCUCUUAAAGUCCACAUGAGUAUUCACACUGGAGAGAAGCCUUUCACUUGUCAACAUUGUGGAAAAUGUUUCUCAAUAAACAGAAGCCUAAAAAAGCACAUGAGGAUUCACACUGGAGAGAAGACUUUCACUUGUAAACUGUGUGGAAAAUGUUUUUCAGUAAACGGAAGCCUUCAAAGGCACAUGAGGAUUCACACCGAGGAGACGUACACCUCCUAACCCGAGGUGUCAUGCCCAUUCAAACCGAAGGAUGCCUGCUUAUUUAUUAAAUCAUAAUGCCUUGACCUGCUUAUAACGGAAUGUUUCAAAACCGGAAUAAUAACCAAAUUCUGUAACUUAUAUUUUGGUUACAUCCCAAUGUUUGUAAUUCUGUCAGUAAAAUAAAGGUUACAAAAGAAUAAUUAAAAGCA